AUGGGUGACUCUGCUCAUUCCGAGGGGAUGAUGAAACUCAUUGCGUCUGUCACUUCUAUCGACCCAAAUAUUUUCGCCCACAGUAUUUAUUUGGCAGCGUCUGAGGCAGAGGACCAGCGAGCAGGGUUCUUUGGAAACGUCAACAAGCAGAUCGAAGUAAUCUGCGACCAAUUGAAAGCCAUCCCCGAACUGGAGGGAGGAUUCAACGCCGUCGGCUUCUCCCAAGGUGGUCAAUUCCUCCGUGCCUAUGUCCAACGGUGCAACAACCCCCCAAUCCACAACCUCAUCACCGUUGGGUCCCAACACGGUGGCGUUUCCGACAUCCCGGGCUGCGUCAAUCCCGCCGACGCAUCCUGUAAACUCAUGCGGACCAUCGCCCGCAGUGGAGUCUAUAGCGGGUAUGUCCGGGAUCAUAUCGUCCAAGCCCAGUAUUAUAAGGAUCCAAGGAAGUUGGAUACUUAUUUGGAGAAGAAUAUCUUCUUGCCGGAUAUUAAUAAUGAGUUGGAGGUGAAGAAUGAGGAGUAUAAGGAGAAGUUGAAGAGUUUGAACAAGUUUGUGAUGUUUAUGUUUAUGAACGAUGUUACUGUCAAGCCCAAGGAGACCGCUUGGUUUGGGUUCCAAGACGAGAACGGAGAUAUAAUCGAGCUUGAGGAACAGGAUCAGUACAAGGAGGACUGGCUGGGGCUCAAGACCAUGGACCAGGCCGGGAAAUUAGAAUUCGAGGUCAUGGAAGGCGAACACAUGCAAUUCUCGUUGGAGGAGUUCACGGACAGGAUCACCAUCCCAUACCUGAUAGGAACCCAAGAGCUGGAGGAAGCCCAUCUCGAGAAAGACAAACAGUUACCUGGCGAUUCCCAGUCAAUGAGCGACCAGACCGAGAACGACGACGCGUUCGAGUUCCCAAUUCUGGGCGGACAGACGGUCCUUUGA